UUUGCACGCGUUGUGUUAAAAAGUGAACAUGUUUAAACACAGAGAAAUUUGUCUUCUCCUUGAGAUAUUUUUGUGUUCGACAUUUCUUCUUUCAGCUUUCGCUGAUGAAGAGUGCGACAAAACAAAAUGCCCUGGACCAUUAGCAUACUACAGAGACCUUCGAUGCAAACCAAUUUAUAAAAAUUUAGGGGACUGCUGUGCUCAUAAAUAUGAUUGCUCUCAUCUUAAAGAGAGAUCUACGAAAAAAUGCUAUAUAAAUGAUAAUGUUUAUGAGAUCGGAGAUAAACUUAAAGAUGCAGACGCUCUUCCUUGCGUUGUUGGAUGCACUUGUGUGGAAGGUGUCAAAGGAAUGGCUAGUUUCAGUUGUGCAUCCAUAAGUUGCCCUCCGAUCACGCCCAAUCCUGGCUGUUAUUUUAAACAUUCUGCUGAUAAAUGUUGUCCUGAUGAAGAAGUAUGUCCUAAGCCGGAAGAAAAAGCAAAAUGUGUUGUUGGUGGUAAAACUUACGAAGAAGGUGAUUAUUUUGAUGUACGUGAAGAGCCAGAAAAAGCAUGCUAUUGCAAACCAGGAUAUAAAGGGGAAAAUGUAGAACCAUUUUGCUAUACUCCAAAGGGUAAUUUCUGUGGAACUGAGUUGAGAAGUAGUUACGAAAUAAAUCAGAAAUGUGCUCCAGUUUAUUAUUACCAACAAUCCCCUCAAAAAGACUGCAGUGUUGCUUACAGAUGUCAAAACAUGAACGACGCUGUUAUCCGUAAUUCUCAGGCUUUUGAAAAAUCCACAGAAGAUGAAUCCGCACUUUGUACGUUCGGUAAUAUGUCAAUGCGAAUUGGAGACGAACUUAAUCAAGAAACGGAUUACAGUUCUAUAUGCGUAAAAUGCAAAUGUGAAGUUCCGCCUAUUCCGACUUGCCAACGUCUUCCUGAUGACAAAUGUGAGGCUUAACGAAUUUCAAUAAUCAAGCAACGGAUUGAAGCUCUGUAUACUUAAUAUUCAAAUGAUAAUUUCAACAGAUUUACAUAUUUCUUCGUAGAAACCUGAAUAUAUGUAGUCCAACAGGAAAUAUUAGAGAACGAUAUAUAAUUCAAUAAAUUUAAUACCCUAGACCAAGGCUC